UGACUCCUUUAGAUCUAAAUAAAGUUGAUAUGAGCCAGUGUUCACAACUGCUCUGACUUGGGAUUAAUUGCAGUCUGCCCAGUCAUUUUUCAGGUUUCUGUUUGUUUUGGUGUUGGAUGUUCCCAGCAUGGGGAAAACCAACGAAUGGUUUUGAUCAUGUGGUAUGAAUGAUUUUAGGUUAUGUGAAUAGUUGGUUGGAGUUGUGAAUUUGCACAGAGUGAGAAAACCUUUGGGCUCUAUUUUAUUUUAAGAGUAAUACUUGGGGAUUCAUGACAUUAAUUAACAUUUUUGUGGUAAGAGGUAGCUGCUAUCAUGUUAUCCAGUUGUAGUGGUGGUUUCUGGAACGUGUCUGUAGUGUUUGCAACUCAGACUCUGAAGUCUAUAGGCAGUUGGUGCAUUGUCACAUUUACUUUGAAUCUGUUAUCUGGACAUAAUUACCAAGGGUGCAGAUUUUCACUACUGUCAUCUAUGCUGAGACUAGCAAGGCUGUCAAAUCCAGUCUGAGUGAGGCAGCUGCAUUCUUCUGGAAAUACACAAGCUGUUGCACGCACAACUAUCCAGCUGUUGAAAUAGUAAACUCAGCAUUUUUCUUCCAAGGGAAAUGAGGGAAAGGGGAGGCAAUCCCUCUUCCUGUCUCAAUAAAUAACAAAACAAACAACAUGUUGACAUUGUCCUUUCUUAUGGUAGUUAAUGUCAGAGAAUUGGUGGCAUUCUUUUUUUCCUUUAAGAUAUCUUUCAACUUUAUGUGAGAAUCCUCUCCGAAUAGUACUUCACCAGUGUAUUUAACCCUUAGUGCUAGCCUAUGGGGAUGGGGACUGUAGCUUCCAGUGUUUUCAAUUUGCCUUCACUCUUCACAGAAUCACAGAAUUCUGUUUCUUCCCAGCGUACAAUGGAGAUGGCCUUGACUUGAAGGCAAUGACUUUACUCUUCAGUUGCUCUAUCUUUUUGAGGCACUAAUUUUUUCAGUUAUUUGGUUUUGUAUUUGACUGUUUCUCUUAGAACAUUUUGUUUCCUGCUCAGUUUGUAACUGGCUAGGAUGUUCCAAAGUCAGCAGUCUAGAGCCCUGGGUGAGGCGUUUGGGUCCGUGCUUUAAGUCACUACCACUGCUCUUAGGGAUAAAAAACCUUUAGAACUUGGAGUCCUGCCUGUCCCAUGCUGGAGAGCACAAGAACCUUGAUGCAACCACAAUGCAAUUCUGCUUCUUGGAAAUGAAGAUGCAAUGGAUCAGCUUGAGCAGAGGGUAAAUGAAUUUUUUAUGAAUGCAAAGAAAAACAAACCUGAAUGGAGGGAAGAACAGAUGACAUCAAUCAAAAAAGAUUAUUAUAAGGCUUUGGAAGAUGCAGACGAAAAAGUGCAACUGGCUAAUCAAAUAUAUGAUUUGGUAGACCGGCAUUUGAGAAAACUGGACCAGGAACUCGCUAAAUUUAAAAUGGAACUUGAAGCAGAUAAUGCUGGGAUUACAGAAAUACUAGAGAGACGGUCUCUAGAGCUGGAUACACCAUCACAGCCUGUGAAUAACCAUCACGCCCAUUCUCACACUCCAGUAGAAAAAAGGAAACACAAUCCGUCUUCUCACCAUAGUACAACAGAUCAUGUUCCUGAAAAGAAGUUUAAAUCUGAAGCUCUUCUGUCUACCCUGACUUCAGAUGCAUCUAAAGAAAAUACACCAGGGUGUCGAAACAGUAAUUCAUCAUCCUCUUCAAACAAUGCAUACAAUACAAACUCUUCUCAACCAUUGGCAUCAUAUAACCUGGGCUCAUUAUCUUCAGGAUCUGGGGCCGGUGCAAUUACCAUGGCAGCAGCUCAAGCAGUGCAAGCCACAGCACAGAUGAAGGAAGGAAGGAGAACAUCCAGUCUAAAAGCCAGCUAUGAAGCUUUUAAGAAUAACGAUUUUCAGCUUGGAAGAGAAUUUUCAUUAUCCAGAGAUUCGACUGGAUAUUCAUCAUCAGCUUUAGCAUCAACAUUAACACAGACCUUAAGUUCGUCAACCACAGACUCACGAAGUGGCAGAAAAAGCAAAAGCAACAACAAAUCUUCAAGUCAGCAGUCCUCAUCAUCUUCCUCUUCCUCAUCUCUAUCAUCAUGUUCUUCUUCAUCUGCACUGGCACAAGAACUGUCUCAACAAACAGCAGUAAUACCAGAGUCUGAUUCUAAUAGCCAGGUUGACUGGACUUAUGAUCCAAAUGAGCCACGAUACUGCAUUUGUAAUCAGGUGUCCUAUGGUGAAAUGGUAGGCUGUGAUAACCAAGAUUGCCCUAUUGAGUGGUUCCACUAUGGAUGUGUUGGACUGACAGAAGCACCAAAAGGGAAAUGGUACUGUCCACAGUGUACAGCUGCAAUGAAGAGAAGAGGCAGCAGACACAAAUAAAUUUCUUCAUCUGGAAAACAAAUUAUGUAAUAAAGGUUUUAUAGAAGACUUAGGAGUGGGAAGAAUCUCCAUCACGUUUCCUCGCAGCCACCUAAGGGUUAACACAGCAGUCAUAAGAUCUUGAGCUAUUGAUUUUGCUAGUUGUGUUUUAAUAUUGUAAGUAAAUUAUUUAUGCACACUGAUGUGCUAUAGAUACUAUUACAAUGAGCCUUGGAUUGUUCCAGUGGCCAGCAUAUGCAGACAUUUGUACUAUCAAACCAUUUUCUCUAAGCAGUGGGCAUUCUACAAUUACUCAAUCUUCAAAAAAUUCCAGUAUGUCAAGAUUUUAAAUGUAUGUUUUAUAUUCAACAGAUAUAUUCUGCUGCAUGUACUGUACUCAAGAGCUGUUAUGUAACACUAUGUAUAUAAAUGGUGCAAAAAGUCAGUGCUUCUGAAAAAAAAAAGACAAUGGUUUUUAAAAUGCCUUUAUAGCUUUGGUUCUUUAUGAAACUUAAUUCAGCAGGCUGAAGAAAAUGGUUCUUGUAUACAGCGGGCUGUUGUCCUCUAGGGUACUUGAGUAUGUAAAAACAAAAAUGCUGUAGAAUAAAACAAACUUGUGCCAUUAGUCUUUAUAUGUUUCUGCUCCAGAGAAGGUGCAGGCCAGAAGAGGGAAAAAAGGUGUUAAAGUGAUGAUAAAUUUUUAUACCAAAUGUGUUUAUUUUUUUGUGCAAGUAAUCCUUUAAAUCUGAAUUGUAUUAGGUGUUAAAAUAAAACAACCUCAACUCCUC